AUGGUUUCCAAAAUUAUAAGCAAUAAUCUUAUGGAAUGUAGUGGUUUUGAUGAGUAUCCAGGAAUGGAGAAAUAUCUAGGCGAAUUUCAAGUACAGUUGCAAAAUCACGAUAAGAAACUACCGAGUCAAAUAUCUACAACCAUUAGAUCAGAUAUGUUCCCAAUACUGGAAAAGGUUAUUAAUGGGAAAAUGGCAUCUAUAACAGUAUUCAAAAAAAAGAAUUUAAAGAAUAUGAAAUUAAAUCAAGAUAAUAUAUAUGAACAUAAUCUUUCACAUCCUGAUAUAGCCAAAGAUGAUCCUUCAAAAGCUAAAGCAAGUUGUAUAAGGUGUAGAAAAUUUAAAAAGAAGUGUUCAAGAGAUUUUCCAGAAUGUAAUAACUGUAUAUCUUCAUCUGAUCUAUGUGUUUACUUGCCAAGGAAACUGAAAGCUAGGAGAGCUAAGAUUGAAAAGAUAAAUUCCAAAGUCGACAGUUAUCAACAAUAUCCAAUUAAGAGAUUGUCAUUACCAAAUUUGCUUAAUUAUUCCAAAUUUGACAAUUCAAAAUCUCAUGAACACAAUGAUAAUUUUGACAAUUAUUCAUACAAUUCUAAUUCCAAUUCUAAUUCCAAUUCCAAUUCUAAUUCUAAUUCUAAAACAACUACAACUUCAACUCAAACUAAAACAAGAAGUUCAUAUGAUUUUAGUAUUAUUUUAAAUUAA